AUGGCCUGUGAAUUUAACCUAAACUUCCUUAAGGAAUUGGAACGAGAGGCUGUUCUGGAAGUCCUUUACCGUGACCAGAUGGUGAGAAAAACAGAAGAGGAAAGAAUAAGGAAACUGAAAGUGCAGCUGCAGCAGCUUCGGUGGAAAGGGGCAAGAAAUGUAAGCCAUGAAUACCAGGAGAGAUCUUGUGCUCGCUGUCAGAAAUCGCUUGGAUUAUUGAUGAACAGAGGUGCAGUAUGCAACGGGUGCAGUCAUCGAGUGUGCUCUGAAUGCCGUGUCUGCCUGAAUCCCUGCCUUUGGAAAUGCACUGUUUGUUACGCUCAUGGAGAUGUGAAAGUAAAGGCUGGUGAAUGGUUCUUUGAGGAACGAGCAAAGAAAUAUCCGGGUGAAGGCAGACAUGAAACAGUUGGUGCAAAGCUCUUGAAAUCUUAUCAGAAACUGAGUAAAAUUUCUGUCGUACCUCCAACUCCACCUCCUUUCACGGAAUCCACAGGAGGAAGCAACGUGACGGUAAAUGAACUCAGCCAGUCUAAAAGUUUUAAUAAAUCUGUGGAAAACUUGUUUUUGUCUCUCACAACACAUAUAAAAAAAAUCUCAAAGUCCCAGAAUGAUAUGGCUGACAGGCGUCUCCUAACCACAGAUUAUGGGCAGAACAUGGAAAGAAGGAAGCAAAGAAGGAGCCAGUCUGACACUGCCAUCAACAUUACAAGCAGGAUGAAAAGUACACCCAGUCUUAAACAGCUCAUCACUGGUACCCAAAAUGACAGUGAAAUUCUGACCAAAAGGAAUUGCAAGGAGGAAGAAGACAUAACAACCAGUCCCACAAGUGAUGCAGUUUUCUGUGAUGGCAGAAAACAUGGGAGUUUGUAUAGUCUUAACAGCACUUGCACUGAGUCUGGCAAUUUUGGCAAGGCUAACGUCACGGGAGAAAUAGAGUUUGCCAUAAGAUACAUCUUCAAAGCUUGCAUCUUAGAAAUUUGCAUCAAGAGAUGCAAGAACCUGGCUUAUGGAGAAGAGAAGAAGAAAAAGUGUAACCCGUAUGUUAAGGUUUAUUUACUUCCUGAUAAAUCUCCUCGGAGUAAGCGAAAGACAGCUGUCAAAAAGAGCACAGUGGAUCCAGAAUUCGAUGAGACUUUGAAGUACAAGAUUGAAUACUCAGAGCUGGGAAGUCGGCAGCUUCAGAUCUCGGUGUGGCAUGCAGGAGCACUGAAAUACAGGGUGUUUUUGGGGGAAGUGGCGAUUCCACUGGCAGCAUGGAAUUUCGAAGAUAACUCAAUGCAGUUGUUCAACUGGUACCAACUCAAAGCCAAGCUGGAAAAGCCUGAAGAUGAUCUUAUCCAGUACAGCGGCGAACUCCUCGUGUCUGCAAGACUGUCAGUACCAGCCCAGUAUAAAACUUUCCAGUUUGAAGGAAAAAAAGACCAAGGAGUUCCCAACUGCCAGCUUCAAGUUAUGAUAUUUGGGGCCAAGAACUUGCCCAUGCUGAGAUCGGCUGGAAUGCCGAACUCAUUCAUUAAAGGUUGUCUUAUCCUUCCAGACCAAGCAGAGGUAAAGCGAAAGUCUCCUGUCCUGAAGAAAGAAGCCUGUCCGCAGUGGAAACACUUGUUUGUCUUUGAUGGUUUUACCCCAGCUCAGCUACAGCAAUCAUGUCUACACUUGACUGUCUGGGACCAGUCAGCUUUCAGCUCAAGCAGUCAGUUCCUAGGAGGAGCCAAGCUUGGUGCAAAGGAAUCCUUUGACUGUACAGACCUUGUUUCUCAGUCAGCGCUCCAAUGGCAGGAAGUGCUCUGCAGCCCAAACAUGUGGAUGGACUUUACACUUGUACUGCAUUCAAAUAAGGAAAACUUUAAGUCAUGA